AUGGAUCCCCUCAUUACUCAAAUCGUAAAACAGGCCCAGAAUAAUGACCCUCGGCUUCGUCAUCUAUCAUUGCGGUCGCUGCCUCUCAUGGAAGUGACCAACGAGGAGAUUUUUGCCGUGGUUGAAUCUUUACAAUUCAACACACAUGUGAGUACCUUUGACAUGAGUCUCCAUCAAGGUGACGAUCGGCAAGAUCAAGAAUUUGCCGAGAAUGAACAUAUGGGGCUUCCGGGAAGAAACGUCACCAGAACGAAUUGGAUUCCACCGCCUUUCGAGACGAUUUUGGCCCACAAUUCUAGCCUGGUCGAUGUUCGUAUUUCUGCUUCCUGCUCUUUCAUUUUGGCCUCUGUCUUUCGAGGACUGGCUGCAAACAGAUCCGUGCAAACUCUACAGGUGGGGGAAAUGUCGGCAUCUGCCGAGACGACCAGUAUCAUGCCAUUCCAUUGUGCUAAAGAACUACAAUCCAUGCUGGAACGCAACAAUACCAUGCAUCGUUUUGCCUUGCAGGGAUUUCGAUGGGAGGAUACUGGUGCCUUGCAAUGCGUCUGUUCCGGAUUGAGAGCCAACCACGCAUUGCAAGUUUUGGAGUUGCUGCAGAUUCUUGUCGCUGCACCUUCCCACGGAUCUGAUACAGAGACAGAAGAGGAAGCGCCCCCAACCGAAGACAAUAAUAUACCAAAAACUGACUUGGCAAUACCUUUUGAUGAGGAGAGGGGGUACACUUCAAAGCAAAUGCAAGAAGAGGCCGAAGCCAAGGCUGUGGCUAAGGCACGAGCUUCUGCAGCUUGCAAUCUGAUUCUAGCCAUUGGGUCAAUGGUCAACUUGAAGAAGCUAUGCAUCAUUGCCUGCGAAAUAGCGGAUGUUGCAUUUGACAGCAGCGCCAUCGGACUCGAUGUUGAUAUCACUGCUGCUCCUCCAUCUGUGGUGGAGAGUACGUCGCAUGCGAUUGAUUGGCUUCUCGCGCAAAGCCCUGGCGGCGACCAAGAACAGCAGCAGCACCCUCAUUUGGAAGAACUCCGAUUGGUGGAAUGUGAACUCACCGGUCUGAGUAUUCUAAAUCUACAACAAGGAUGCCGACACGCCUGUCCUUUUUUGCACGUACUCGAUGUUCGCAGCAAUUCGUUGGAAGAUGACAGCUGCAGUGCGUUGGCUGAGAUCCUCCAUUCUGCUUGCUCUUUGAGAAAGGUGAUCCUUGAAGAUAACAACAUUGGAGACGAUGGCCUCACUUUGCUCGCUCGCAAGGGGUUAGAGGGAAACUCGACACUCCAGGAACUAUGCUUGAAAGAUAACAGCUUUGGGCCAAGAGGUGUUCACGAAUUGGCCAGUGUUCUCAAGACCAAUGAGUCCAUGCAACGAGUGGAUUUAUCCUACAAUUUUCUGGGAAAUGAUGGCGCUGUAGCUUUAGGUGCCAUGUUGUGUCUGAACAAGACCCUCACCGAUCUCGUAUUGGAGAAUGCAGUGAUUGCAGGUGAGGGUGUGAAAGGGUUGUGCAAAGGCUUGCUGGAAUCGUCAAGUGGAAGUGCUCUACGGAAACUCAACCUUAGUGGAAAUCCCUUUGGCACGACGGGCACAAAUGCCUUGUGUGCUUUGCUGACAAUGCGUGGAAAAAAUGGCAAGCCUUGCCCACUGACUUCGCUGCGAUUGGCAAGCUGUCAUUUGGGUGAUGUUGGUGUCGCAGCUCUAGCACGAGCCCUGGAAUCAAACUCACGGUUGGAGGAAAUCAUUCUGCCAUUUAAUCGAUUUGGAGACGAGGGAGCGGUGGCCAUUGGGCAAAGUUUGCCGAAAUGGAAGGGCCUGAUGUCAUUGCAAAUUCAGUUCAAUCUCUUUGGUGAAAGUGGCUUUGAUGCGAUUGUUUCCGGUCUCUCACAGAAUCUAUACCUCAAAUCUUUGUACCUACUCAAUGCUGGUCCAAGUAAUCGAACCGUUGACAAACUGUUUCAAGAUAUGCAACACUGGACCCGCUUGAACAGGGCCGGUCGCCGGGUCCUCCACGAAGAAAAGAAGCUCCCAUUCAAGGGCCUGUGGCCACAUGUCCUAGCUCGCGCUACCAAUGCCUACGCCACUGAUGGACUGUACUUCAUGCUGCGGGAGCAGCCCGAAAUAGUCGAAACAAGAAAUCGUCAUCAAACGAUCUAG